UUUACGUGUCAUUUCUGAAAAGUGGGCAAGACUGGAACGAGAUAGAGAGUGAAAGAGACAAAGAAAGAAAGAGUGUGAGAGAGGGAGAGAAAGAGAGAGAGAGAGGGGGGAGAGAGAGAGCGAGAGAGAGAGAGAGUGAGAGAGUGAGAGAGUGAGAGAGAGAGAGAGAGAGAGAGAGAGAGAGAGAGAGAGAGAGUGUGGCUGGUUGUGGUGAAGGAUGAGAGAGAGAGCGAGAGAGAGAGAGAGAGAGAGAGAGAGAGAGAGAGAGAGAGAGAGAGUGUGGCUGGUUGUGGUGAAGGAUGAAGAGGAGGAGGCGGAGAUAGCUGAGAGAGAGAGAGAGAGAGAGAGAGAGAGAGAGAGAGAGAGAGAGAGAGAGGGAGAGAGAGAGAAAAGGUUCUGUUGUUGUUGUUUGGUGAGAGGGGGGUGAUGAUGGAGAGGUAGUGAGAAUGAAGAAGAGUAACCUGGUUAACCUUCACUCUUGUCACCUUGAGAUUUUAUAUCUCUUCUUUUCCACUCCUCUUUUUUCCGGGGUGAAAGUGGAUGUUGGAUGUUGGAUGGAGGGAUGAGGAACUGGAUGAAGGGGAGUGAGGAAGAGAAGAGAGACUGAGGAGACAAUGGCGUACACACAGUUGGAACCCAUCAACAAGAGACAGCUUUCGAUUAAUCUUGGUGUGCUGGCCAGGCUAACUGACUGUCUAUUGUGUCGGUGGUCGUGUCGCUCAUGUCUGUUGUGGUGUUGGGAGUGCUGCUUUCUGCCCAGUGAUGAGGAGGUGGAGAUACUGGGACCCUUCCCUGCUCAGACCCCCUCCUGGCUAGUGAACGAGUGUGUGGAUGAGAAGGACACUGAUACCGGGGUCACUCAUGUUGACUCCAUGGCAACACAGGACAGUAUUCCGACCCGGAGACGUUCCAGUUCAGAGAUGUCCCGAUCCACCUUCAGCCUGGUCCGACAACUCUCCAGUCUAGACGCCCGCAGGCCCAGCUCUCCACUGGUGGACGUGAAACCCAUUGAGUUCUGGGCCAUGGGCCCCAGGAAGGAGGUGAUCCAGCCGCUGCGUCGACCCCCUCCGGAUGACUACUUCAGGAAGUUGGAGCCUCGCCUCUACUCUCUGGACUCAUCCGGAGACGACGUGGACUCGCUAACGGACGAGGAGAUUCUGCUACGAUACCAACUGGGCAUGCUCCACUUCAGCACACAGUAUGAUCUAAUCAACGGCCACCUGGGUGUUAGGGUCAUUGAGGCUCGCGACCUGCCCCCACCUCUGACCUGUGAUGGAGCCCGCCAGGACAUGGCCCACUCCAACCCAUACGUCAAGAUCAGCCUGCUGCCGGACCACAAGAACUCCCGUCAGACAGGGGUGAAGAGGAAGACACAGAACCCGGUGUUCGAGGAGCGGUUCACCUUUGACCUUCUGUUCCUGGAGGCCCAGCGCCGCACCCUGCUGCUGUCUGUGGUCGACUUCGACAAGUUCUCACGACACUGUGUCAUCGGCAAGGUGGCGCUGCCUCUGAGUGAUGUUGAUCUGGUGAAAGGUGGUCAUUGGUGGAAGGCCCUGGUACCUAGUUCUCAGAAUGAGGUAGAGCUGGGAGAGCUGCUGUUAUCACUCAACUACCUGCCCUCUGCUGGAAGACUCAACGUUGACAUCAUCAGAGCAAAGCAGCUGCUGCAGACAGACAUGUGCCAGGGAUCAGACCCGUUUGUGAAGGUUCAGCUGGUAACAGGGCUGAAGUUGGUAAAGACCAAGAAGACUUCCUGUAUGAAAGGAACCAUCGACCCCUUCUACAACGAGUCGUUCAGCUUCAGAGUCCCCCACGAAGACCUCAGCGAAGUCAGCCUGGUAUUUACAGUGUACGGCCACAACAUGAAGAGCAGUAAUGAUUUUGUGGGGAGGAUCGUGAUUGGCCAGUUCUCCACGGGUCCCCCUGAGAACUCCCACUGGCGCCACCUGUUGGCCAGUCAAAGAACUCCGGUUGAACAGUGGCACAGCCUGCGCUCACGGGCAGAGUGUGACCGCGUCUCCCCUGCAUCGCUGGAGGUCACAUGAUAGAGCUGGAGAGGGAUCAGGAGUUAGAGGUUAAGGGUCAGAGGUCAGGAGGAGAGGUAUAAGCUCAAAGUGUUGAGGUACACAGUAGGAAAGAGGAAGAGGAAAGGGGGUCAGGAUUUAGAGGUUAGAGGUCAGGGAGGUGAGAAAAGGGGGUGAGAGGAUGAGAGAGAGAGAGACAGGGAGAGGGACACAGAGAGAGAAGAGAGAGGGACACAGAGAGAAAAGAGAGAGGGACACAGAGAGAGAAGAGAGAGGGAGAGAAGGAAGGAGAGACAGAGGUCUGGGUCAAGGCCACCAGCAGGGCCGGAUUAAGAAAUCAUAGGCAGGGGCUCAACAUUUUUAAUGAACCUAAUAGUAAAGACGUUAUUUAACUGUAAAAUAUAUAUAUUUGUCUCAGCCCCGGGCCCCAGGCCUACGGUUGGAGGUUCCAGUAAAAAAUAAUAAUAGAUGUAUACAUUUCUAUUUUUCUCUGCCUCAAGGGCCUCGGGGCUUCAGCCCCUGCAUUAAUCAGGCCCUGCAUUAAUCAGCCCCUGCAUUAAUCAGGCCCUGCAUUAAUCAGGCCCUGCAUUAAUCAGGCCCUGCAUUAAUCAGGCCCUGCGUUAAUCAGGCCCUGUCAACAAGAUGAACCGUCCUCAGCUCUCCAAAAUUGCUGCCUCUCUUCCCCCUCACCUUCCUGACUGACCUCCCAGCCGCCUAGCGGUGUGACCAGAGACAGAGGUUGUGUCCCAAAUGGUACCCUAUUCCCUAUAUAGUGCACUACUUUAGACUAUGGGCCCCUUCUCCCUAUGGGCCUCUUCUCCCUAUGGGCCCCUCCUCCCUAUGGGCCUCUCCUCCCUAUGGGCCUCUCCUCCCUAUGGCCCCCUC